GUUAAUCCCUUUAGGUAGUAUUGGAGCCAUGACACGAAGGAGUCCAUAUAAAGCACCACCGCCUAUGUCUUCAGAUAAAUUCGAAAUAUUAGAGACCUAAAAUAUAGAUAAACGAUGCGGCGCGACAGAUUAAUUCAGAAAUCCUCGUCUCUUGAGCUAUGAAUACCUAGGGGUUAAUUGACUGGAGGAGGCCAAUCGGAAAGGAUGGAAGCCAAGGACGCCGUCCGCGGACUCCGACCCGGGCUCACCUUCACGCGAAGAUAUGCGAUUACCCGAAGAGGUUAAAGGUUGCUAAUGGGUUUUCAACGAUUGGAGCACUCAUAAAUAUCCUAUAGCUCGUGAACCUAUCUCAAAAUGGUUCUACGAAUAUCGUACUAUUCCUCUAUCGCAUAGUCCAACCUCGAGCCAAGCACCGAAAGUCCCAUUCAUCGCCACCCCCUCAGGUUCUCGUACGAUGGCGGUACCUGACGACCCUUCACUCUUAAAUAUACUGGAUGACCGGUUGCACGUGCCCGCACGAAAUGGUACAUCACAUCGACGAAGGAAGCCAAGUCUUGAUAUCGCCUACGCAUCUAAGCGAACCGACCGGAAAAAACCUUCGAAGCGCAAGGGGAGUCGGUCUCUUCUACGCCGCACAUGGGCCUUACCGUUUGGUCUUAUAUUGGCUGUCCUAUUCUUCUACGCGAUAAAUCCAACCGAGUCCAAUAUCAUUCACCGUUUUAUCUUCCUUUCAUAUAAGCUAGAGGAUGACGUGGGUCCGACGCAAUAUGGCAAAGGUCCCUGGGAUUUCGCCUUCGUGUGUUUCUACACCAUCUGCUUGACCUUUGCGCGCGAGUUUCUCAUGGAGGAGGUCCUGCGCCCACUCGCUCGUCUUUACGGUAUCAAAUCGCGAGGCAAGCAGUCGCGUUUCCUGGAGCAGAUGUAUGUGGUCGUGUACAUUGCUUUCAUGGGGCCUUUUGGCAUGUACUGUAUGAAGCAGACGCCGGUGUGGUACUUCAACACGCGAGGCAUGUACGAGUUCUUUCCUCACAAGACGCACGAUGCGGCGGUUAAAUUCUACUAUUUGUUCCAAGCUGCUUUCUGGACGCAGCAGGCCCUGGUCAUGUUGUUGGGCAUGGAGCAGAAGCGUAAGGACUUUCGGGAACUUGUGGCGCAUCACAUCGUGACUAUAGCUCUUAUCGGCCUUAGCUAUCGGUUUCAUUUCACGUAUAUGGGUAUCGCUGUCUAUAUCAGUCAUGAUAUCAGUGAUUUCUUUCUCGCUAUGUCCAAAUCACUGAACUACAUAGGAAGCCCCUUACAAGGGCCGUCUUUCAUCUCUUGUAUAAUUAUGUGGGCCUACCUACGCCACUACAUAAACCUGCGCAUCCUCUAUUCCAUCCUCACCGAGUUUAGCACCAUCGGUCCUUACGGCAUAAACUGGGAGACCCAACAGUACAAGGGCUUGACCUCCCAGGUUAUCACGUUCGCACUAUUGGCGGCGCUUCAGCUCCUCAACCUGUUCUGGCUUUACUGCUUGCUGCGCAACGCUUACCGCUUCAUCUUCCUGGGUAUUGCCAAAGACGAUAGGUCUGAGGACGAAGAGCCGGAAUUUAAUGUGAUUACGAUGGAGCCAAAGGCGAAUCAUGAGGGUGAAGAGGGUGGGACACCGUUGUUGAAGGAUAACGAGGCUCAUGGAUUGGCUGUGAAAAGGAGGAAUGUCACACAGAAGCACUCUACCCCGUAAACUUGGUACUAAUUUUACCAAUAAUACCGAGCGUACACCUGACCCUCGGUACCUAGCUGGAAUAGCAACGCUACUCGCAUACAUAAUGUCUAAUAAUAAUAAUUACCAUGUAGAGUUGAUUGUAACGAUACUUUCGCCCAUUAAGC